GCCGAAGCACAGCCUUUGUGUCGGGGGAUGUCAGCGCGUCGGCGAAAGGGCCCGCCAAUAGAAAAAGCCGUUGGUGUAUGCAAAUAAGGGCCCUAUGACGCAGAGACGCAGCGUGAAGCGUGGAUAUAAAAGCAGAAGCGCCGGGGGGGUUUAGAGCGCAGAGCGGUUUGGUCGUUCGUUGGAGUAGUAUCGUUCUUUUGCUCCGCAGCUGCAGGUCUUCACUGGGCAGCAGCUCGGCGCGGCGGUCGGAGAAGCGGCCUAAGAUUUCGGCGUUGGGUAAGAGAAAAUGGCCCGAACCAAGCAGACCGCGCGGAAGUCCACUGGUGGGAAAGCCCCCCGCAAACAGCUGGCCACCAAGGCUGCCAGGAAAAGCGCCCCCUCUACCGGCGGGGUGAAGAAACCUCAUCGCUACAGGCCCGGGACUGUGGCUCUUCGAGAGAUUCGUCGUUACCAGAAGUCGACCGAGCUUCUCAUCCGGAAGUUGCCUUUCCAGAGAUUGGUGAGAGAGAUCGCCCAGGAUUUCAAAACCGACUUGAGGUUUCAGAGUGCAGCCAUUGGCGCCCUUCAGGAGGCUAGUGAAGCGUACCUGGUGGGUUUAUUUGAAGAUACUAAUCUGUGUGCCAUCCACGCUAAGAGAGUCACCAUCAUGCCCAAAGACAUCCAGUUGGCUCGCCGGAUACGGGGAGAGAGAGCUUAAGUGAAGGCAGUUUUUAAUGGCGUUUUGUAGUAAAUUCUGUAAAAUACUUUGGUUUAAUUUGUGACUUUUUUUGUAAGAAAUUGUUUAUAAUAUGUUGCAUUUGUACUUAAGUCAUUCCAUCUUUCACUCAGGAUGAAUGCGAAAAGUGACUGUUCACAGACCUCAGUGAUGUGAGCACUGUUGCUCAGGAGUGACAAGUUGCUAAUAUGCAGAAGGGAUGGGUGAUAUUUCUUGCUUCUCAUGAUGCAUGUUUCUGUAUGUUAAUGACUUGUUGGGUAGUUAUUAAGGUACUAGAAUUGAUAAAUGUGUACAGGGUCCUUUUGCAAUAAAACUGGUUAUGACUUGAUCCAAGUGUUUAACAAUUGGGGCUGUUAAGUCUGACCAUACAUCACUGUGAUAGAAUGCGGGCUUUUUCAAGGGUGAAGAUACAAGUCUUAACCACAGUGUAACUUACAGUUUCCUAAAAAAAAAAAAAAGAAAGAAAAAAAAAAGUAAACCUGGCAGCUAUAGAAUACACUAUGUGCAUUUAUAAUAGCUAUUUUAUAUAUUGUAGUGUCAACAUUUUUAAAUUAAAUGUUUUACAUUCACAAGUGGUGGGGAGUCUUGUCAUUAAGGUGUGUAUAAUUUAGAGUCCAGUUGGUUUUUUCUUAACUAGAGACUGCACUUGUUUUCAUAGUAGUAAAAUGCUAUGUGUAAUAUACCUUGCAUAAGUCCUCAUUCUACCACAUGUUAACUAACCCUCUAGCUGAUAAUGCAAACACUAACUGGGGGAUUUUAUUUAUAAGGGCUCUAGAAUAAAAUAACAAGUUAUUCACACCAGCAUCAUCUGUUAACUAAUAUUCUAUCUAGUUUAGCUUUUCAUAGUGUUGUGGUUGGUUUUAAAUCUAGGUUUUCUUCUAAGGAAAUAAUAUCAAGGGUUGGUUCUUUACCUUAUGGAGUUUAGUGUGGGGGAGGAGCAGGCAGCUCCAGGUUUAUUGGACCUCUGCAAAUUACGAUGGUGUUGGGGAUAGAUUACAUCUGGUUAUUUACUGUCCUGGGAAAAUCCCUUUUAUAUAAGAGAUGGCCUUCCAAGUGGUUUUUAAAUUUAUCCUUUAUUGAGGUUUUUAGGUCAAUUAUGUAUGUUGACUAAAUUUACAAAUAAACUUGUUUAUUCAACUAAGUGUCAAAAACCUAAA